CGAGCCGAAGAACAAGAGAGCCCCACCACCACAAUUUAAAAACUCGGGAGCUGAUCUCCACACGUUCCUCGUGCUCCUUGGCGAACAAAUUGGAUUCUUGACAAGGGAAGUGAGAACUCUGCCUGAGCUCUAUCCAUGGAUCCGUACAAGUACCGUCCGUCUAGUGCUUUCAAUUCACCUUUUAUGACUACGAAUUCUGGAGCUCCGGUUUGGAACAAUAACAACUCGUUGACCGUCGGAAGUAGAGGUCCGAUCCUCCUUGAAGAUUACCAUUUGGUGGAGAAACUUGCUAAUUUCGAUCGUGAGAGGAUCCCAGAACGUGUUGUCCAUGCCAGAGGUGCAAGUGCCAAGGGUUUUUUUGAGGUCACUCAUGAUAUUUCCCACCUUAGUUGUGCUGAUUUCCUUCGAGCUCCAGGAGUUCAAACACCAGUUAUUGUUCGAUUCUCCACUGUCAUCCAUGAGCGCGGUAGCCCUGAAACUCUCAGGGAUCCCAGGGGAUUUGCAGUGAAAUUUUACACAAGAGAGGGAAACUUUGAUUUGGUGGGAAACAACUUCCCUGUCUUUUUUAUUCGUGAUGGAAUGAAAUUUCCUGAUAUGGUUCAUGCAUUGAAACCCAAUCCAAAGUCCCACAUUCAAGAGAACUGGAGAAUCAUGGAUUUCUUCUCCCACCAUCCUGAGAGUUUGAAUAUGUUCACAUUCCUCUUUGAUGAUAUCGGUGUUCCACAAGAUUACAGGCACAUGGAUGGCUCCGGUGUUAACACCUAUACUCUAAUCAACAAGGCUGGGAAAGCACAUUAUGUGAAGUUCCAUUGGAAGCCUACUUGUGGAGUGAAGUCUCUGUUGGAGGAUGAAGCUAUUAAGGUUGGAGGAGCUAAUCACAGCCAUGCCACCCAGGAUCUCUAUGAUUCAAUUGCAGCAGGGAACUAUCCAGAGUGGAAGCUCUUUAUUCAGAUUAUAGAUCCCGACCAUGAGGACAGAUUUGACUUCGACCCACUUGAUGUGACCAAGACUUGGCCUGAGGACAUCUUGCCCCUGCAGCCCGUCGGUCGCAUGGUGUUGAAUAAGAAUAUUGAUAACUUCUUUGCAGAGAAUGAACAGCUUGCUUUUUGCCCUGCUAUUAUCGUCCCUGGAAUUUACUAUUCUGAUGACAAGCUUCUGCAAACUCGGAUAUUUUCUUAUGCCGAUACUCAAAGGCACCGUCUUGGGCCAAAUUAUCUCCAGCUUCCUGCUAAUGCUCCCAAAUGUGCCCAUCACAACAAUCAUCAUGAAGGUUUCAUGAACUUCAUGCACAGGGAUGAAGAGGUGAACUACUUCCCUUCAAGGUAUGAUCCCACUCGUCAUUCCGAGAUGUACCCCAUUCCUCCAGUGGUGUUGUCAGGGAAGCGUGAAAAGCGCUGCAUCGAGAAGGAGAACAACUUUAAGCAACCUGGUGAGAGAUACCGUUCCUGGGCACCAGACAGGCAAGAGAGAUUUAUCCGCCGAUGGGUCGAGGCUCUGUCUGAUCCCCGUCUUACCCAUGAAAUCCGCAGUAUCUGGAUUUCAUACUGGUCUCAGGCUGACAAGUCUCUUGGUCAGAAACUUGCUUCUCGUCUCAAUGUGAGGCCAACAAUGUGAAGAUGAAUGAGGAGAGAUGAUCUUGUUUUGGGUUGUGGGAUUAAGAACAGUGCAGAGGAUUUGGUGCUUGGA